GCAGUAGUUAACACGAGUUCCCACGAGUUUCUCGUUUCUCGAGCCGAACCGUAAGACAAGGGGUUGUGUAUUUUUAACCCAAAGUAGCGGUAAAGCGUCCGAUCGAGAAGUGAAUAAACCACGUAUAGAUAUUUGCGAGAAGUGAAAUAAAAUCCAGGCAGUAACUGGGCGGAUAAUCGGUCGAUCAGAGCCGGGAAAGUGUCAAAUCUCAUCGAACGACUGCCGCGCAGUCGUCGUCCAUUUCUGUCAGAGUGCAAUAGCCAACCAGGGACUGAGUUUUUGUCAUUUCGGAUUGCAAAAGUGCGCUGCAGGGUGGCGCUCCCGUGGUUUUUCCCAUCCGAUCUGACAGAGACGAGAGAAGAGUAGACGAGACGAGACACGAUAUUAAUUAACAGAGAGUGAUAUAUCGCCGAGGAGAAAUAUCGUCGGUGAAAAAUUGACGCGCGCUUCGACCACCGAGUACACACCCUGCUGACCGUCGACGGCAUUCCCAUUGUGUUUUACAGUUAUUAAAUGUGUUGGAGUUUGUGUUUGUGACUGCCUCCCGUGCUGCUGCUGCUGCUUCUGCUGCUGCAACCGAAUACUCGACGAUACCGAAGAUAGACUAUAAAGAUGAGCAAGACUUGCGCUCGGUGUGAGAAAACUGUCUAUCCUAUCGAGGAGCUCAAAUGCCUCGACAAGACAUGGCACAAACAGUGUUUUAAAUGUCAGGGUUGCGGUAUGACCCUGAACAUGCGAACAUACAAGGGCUUCAACAAGCAGCCAUAUUGCGAGGCCCACAUACCAAAAGCAAAGGCAACGACAAUGGCUGAGACGCCGGAGCUGAAACGCAUAGCUGAAAACACGAAGAUCCAGAGCAACGUGAAGUAUCACGCCGAAUUUGAAAAGGCUAAGGGAAAAUUCACCCAGGUUGCCGACGAUCCGGAGACACUGAGAAUUAAACAGAACAGUAAAAUCAUUUCGAACGUUGCCUAUCACGGAGAACUUCAGAAGAAGGCGAUAAUGGAACAGAAGAGAACGACGACCGGGGAAAACGGUGAACAAAUUGAGUACGUCGUCGAAUACGAAGAGAUGCCGCCACCCGCAGCGCUGAACUCGAACACCGUACCUCCGCCAUCGGCAAUCUCUCCGGUCCAGCGAGCCCCGGGAAGGAUCGCCGACUACGAUCCGCUCAACGAGGCAACCCCGAGUCCCUAUUCGGCUCGACAAGCAGCGACGACGGUCAUUUACACGAGUGACAAAGGCGCGGUGACGAAUCCGCCGACCCGUAAAAUCGGAUCUGUAGCUGAUAUAGACCCGGUCAACGAAUAUUACGGAUCUUUGACACCCGGGUCGAACAAUAAUCACGUACAACAACCAAUGCAGCCACCAUCGACGACGGCCAAUAGUGGGCGCGUCUAUAAGGCCAUGUACGACUACGAGGCGCAAGACGAAGAUGAGGUCAGUUUCUUGGACGGUGACCUGAUCGUAAAUUGCACAGCGAUCGACGAGGGUUGGAUGACCGGAUUUGUACAGCGUACGGGUCGCCAGGGAAUGCUUCCGGCGAACUACGUCGAGCCUGCGCAGAUCUAGUUUUUACAUGUGAACGUUCCCUUUCGUUUUAUGCUGUGAAAUAAGAAACUUCGGCUCCUAGGUUCAAUAUCGUGUCUUGAUGUUUUUCAAUUUCUUUAUUUUUUUUUUUUUAUUUUUUUUUUUUUCCACAUUUACUCUCUUUGAAAAGAAAUCACGGAAAUAAGAAAUUCAAUCAUAAAUUUCCUUCCAAACUUGAGGUGAGAAAAAAUAUCCCCCACACGAUCAUCUUUCAAUUGUUUUGAAAAAAUUAUCGCGCCUACCUUUAAUCCAAUUAUGCCUAAUUCAUUCCGUUGCAAAAAAAAAAAAGAAAAAUGCGGAAUAUUACUUUUCCGGUCCUUACAUUCCGUGCGCAACCGUUUACUCAACUAAUCAUUGCUUGUCGUGACUUUUUGUACAAUUGAAUCGAGAAAGAAAAAAGAAAGAAAACAAUUGAAGUCAACUAUAUCCGAGCGCUAGAUUUUUUGUUAUUCGGCAUACAACCGUGAAGACUGUAUAGUAUUUUUGCACGAAAAAAAUUAUCCAGUUGUUGCGCAUUCUCUUCAACUUUGCAUUACUUCUUUUUUUCUUUUUUCUUUUUAAUAUUACUUGUAAAAUAAGGAUGCAAGUGAUAACUCGCUGAAACCUACCUUGGGACCAAAACGAGCUUUUACACUACUAUAUUCCUAAAGACGUACACUUAUGCAUUUACAUAUUACUAUACUAGGUAGAGUUACUGUAUACGUAAAUGCAGACAACGAAUAGAAAAAAUGAUGCAACUGGCAGUGGUGAAGGGAAAUUUUUAACCAAUUUUUCAUUCCGCUGAUAUUCAAACUCGAGAAAGUUACACACUUGACAAGAACCUCCGUAUCUUGCCGGGACCACUCCCUUCCCAGGCUCUUUAAAACGUCUAUUUCAUUCCGUAGGUAGAUACACAAUAUAGUAUAUGUAUAUAUAAAUAUGAAUGUAUGUAUAUACCUAUACAUAUUACACACCUAUAGAUAAUGUUAUCGUCUUAUCAAAACUGAGGUUUUUUUUUUUUUUUUUGUUUUUUUUUCGUGUUAUUUUUCGUCUUUCAAGUGUAUGUAUGCUGAACAUUGACGUAAAAUAUGAAACCAUUGAACUGUUUUGCGGUAUCAUUCCAAAACUGGUGUAUUUCAUAAUGAAAAGAGCAUCGCGUUUUAGAUAUCACCGAAUGAAUUUACGGUCACCACAAAUUGUACCACUUGAAUCCAAAUUUCAUCUCUUUUCUUUUCCCCUCGAUUGAAACAAGUUUGUUAAUAUUAAUCUUAUUAUCAUUAUUGUUGUUAUUAUUAUUAUUAUUACUAUUGUUACUGUACGCAACGAGUAUCGAUCAUCAAUGUGCCUAUAUAAGCCGUACUUAAUUCGUCUCACAUUGUCUCACAUCAAUUUUGCGUUAUUGUACCGCAAAAAAGUGAAUUCGGGAACCUGCGGUGACCGAAUUGAUGAACAUUCUAAGCUGUAGAAUAUUUAUUCGAAGUGUUAAUGGGUACCGAAUGACACGCUUACACGAAAAAUCACGUGAAUACGUCCAUCGCGGAGAUUCAACUGCACGUUAUUGUUAAUUGUUAGUUAUUAUUACUAUGAAACUGACGAAAUUGCAAGACGAGACGUUUAGCCUUGUGCUCGAUUGUUAAAUGUAUAACAAUACGAAGCUUGCUUGUUUAAAAUUUGAAAGUAGAAAACAAAUCCGACGAAUGCAUCGAAAGACUCGAAGUCGAGACUCGAGUAAAUAUCAGGGUUUUAAUAGUUAUGUAAAAAAAAUUGCGCUAGAAAAUUUUACAACGAAGAUGAAAAACUUGCGAAAAAAAUGUUUAAAAACACAUAAAAUUUUAGACAACAUCCAUUUGCCAAAUUAUCGGGAUUUUCUUUGCACACGUAAAAUGAUUGAACAAUCAAGAUGAAGUAAGAAAAUAAUUAUAUACAUAAUAGUAGUUAGGAUAAAAGAAAUGAAAAGAAAAAAAAAAUUAGUAUUUUACAGGGUGACCCGAGACUCUGUAUAUUAUUUAAAGUGAACCAAAAGUACAUUUGUUUUAAGCGAGAUUGUAUUGUGUAUUCCUUGUCUCGCGAUAAAUUUUAUAAUACCCUAAUUAUGAUUGUAGUAAGCGCGUAAAGGUAUCGCCGAAAUACGGCCCGAAAUUGAGAAGGAAGACCAAGAUGGAAAAAAUAUGAACAUGAAAACAAUUGAAGCGACUUCAUGUCAUUGUAUGUAAAAACAAAAUUUAAUGAAACGGAGAAGAAAAUAAUACAACGGGCUCGAAAUAAUCUUAUGCAUGUAACAUCAACGAUGUGAACGAUCGCACAAGAGAAGGUCCUUAAGUUUAGUUAAUUCACGCCAAUAAAUAGUUACUAACUUUUACCAUACAUAGAACUGACAGAGCGGUCUAAAUGAGUAAGUCAGCGUAUCUUAAUAAUCAUCAUAUACUGUAGUAUAUAUAAUAGACGAUAGAUGUCAGGAACCGCACAGAUUUUGAAUAGCCAAUUUUCAAAGGUGAGAUUAGUGACAACAACAUAAUAAUAAUAUUGUAUCUUUGCCUUA